AACGGGCUUCCCAGAUCGAGGCGCAUUGACGUCAAUCGUUGUUUGUGAUUGGUCAUAACCUUUUCCGGUGAGCCAUCCAUCCGUCCGAGGACUGUGAGAAAGACAGUGUAAACGGAGUAAAACUCGUACACAAACUCAUCUAAGCGACUCGGGGUCAACAGGUCACCAUGGCGUCCAGCAGUACGAGCAGUGAAGAAGAGAGGAGUUUGCGGGAAUGUGAGCGCUACGUGCAGAAGCACAACAUCCAGCAGCUGCUGAAGGACUGCAUUGUGCAUCUGUGCACUAACAGGCCUGAAAGACCCAUGGCUUUCCUCCGAGAGUACUUCGAGAGGCUUGAGAAGGAGGAAGCUAAACAAUUCGUCAGCCAGCAGAAGUCCAGCUCUCGCUCAGACUCCCGUGAAGAUGAGGUUUCUCCUCCCAUGAACCCUGUGGUUAAGGGCCGACGGCGCCGCGGUGCCAUCAGUGCAGAGGUCUACACCGAGGAAGAUGCAGCGUCUUAUGUCAGAAAGGUUAUUCCUAAAGACUAUAAAACCAUGGCUGCUCUUGCCAAAGCCAUUGAAAAGAAUGUGCUUUUUGCUCACCUUGAUGACAAUGAAAGAAGUGACAUAUUUGACGCCAUGUUCUCAGUCACCUACAUCGCAGGAGAGACCGUCAUUCAACAAGGGGAUGAGGGGGACAAUUUUUAUGUUAUUGACCAAGGUGAAAUGGAUGUGUACGUCAACAAUGAGUGGGUGACCAGUAUUGGAGAGGGGGGCAGUUUUGGGGAGCUGGCUUUGAUCUAUGGGACUCCCAGAGCAGCCACUGUCCGAGCAAAGACCAACGUCAAGCUGUGGGGAAUCGACCGGGACAGCUACAGGAGAAUACUCAUGGGAAGUACUCUGAGAAAGAGAAAAAUGUAUGAGGAAUUCCUUAGCAAGGUCUCCAUUUUGGAGUCUUUGGAUAAAUGGGAACGGUUGACAGUUGCCGAUGCCCUCGAGACGGUCCAGUUUGAAGAUGGCCAGAAGAUUGUUGUGCAGGGUCAACCAGGAGAUGAAUUUUUCAUUAUCCUUGAGGGUUCGGCAGCAGUCCUGCAGCGGCGGUCGGAGAAUGAAGAAUUUGUAGAGGUUGGAAGACUAGCACCAUCUGACUACUUCGGUGAGAUCGCGCUCCUCAUGAACCGGCCUCGUGCUGCCACUGUGGUUGCUCGUGGCCCACUGAAGUGUGUAAAACUUGACCGUCCACGGUUCGAACGCGUGCUCGGUCCCUGCUCAGAUAUCCUGAAGCGAAACAUUCAGCAGUACAACAGCUUCGUGUCUCUGUCGGUCUGAGGCGCACUUGGCUCUUUCCUCUAUUGCAGGGUCCAUUAAUACAAAUCUGCUUUAUUUUCUUACUUUUCUUUAUGCAUUUUCCAACACCCAGGUGCCCAUUCACUUCAGUGUUCUCUCUCUCUCUCUCUCUGUUUUUUUGAUUCGUGCCGUACCCUGUCACGUCCGUAUCCAUCGUAGAUUUACAAUAAGGCCGGUUGUUAUUUUUGCCUGAGAAACGAGCCAAUCAUUGUGCCACAGAUGCCUGUUAUGUGAACAGAUGUUGAACUAACACAGUCUGUCGGGAUUGUCUCUUUCCUCCAAAAUUGCUUGCCGUUUCUGUAUAACAGUGUUUUGAAUGGAAGGAAAUCAUGUAGUCUAUCUAUUCAGUAUAUGAUGAUUAAUCUUAUUUGAGGCAUCGAGUUUAAGAUUCUGUUUUCCCUCGUUCAUUUCAAGCAUUUGAGUAUAGGGAAGCCAAAGGCAUAAAUCCAUGUGUGUUAUGUUGUUUCAUUGGGGGUACUGAAGUCAAAAUGUCACUAUGUUUAUCAUGGUGAUCAGCUUUGUUCUUUUAUUGUUAUAGCUGCACAUAAUAUAGUGUAUGUAAAUGAUUAUAUAUUAUAAGUAAAUGACCAUAACCAUAUUUUUUGCACAGUUUGAUAUCUAUAUAUACACGUAUAUAUAUAAAAACACUUUGUAUGCACCUGCUGUUAUUCAUUGUGGCAUUUGAUCCCAUUUCAUUAGGCUUUUUCAUUCUCUGUUGGACGUUUUGUUCAAUCUUCAUCCUUCAUGCUACACACAGGCUUGCACUGGACUCUUAUGUAGAGCACACCAGGAUUAGUCAAAUCUCCUUUUAAACUUAAUUUUUCAUUUUCUCCUUUUUGAAAUGCCACCUGCUGCAAAUGCUUUUAUUUGUUUGUUUCACAAAAAGGUGAUGUUAUCUUUUAUUCAACAUUGUGCUUCUUGCAGAUACAAGUACAGAAAAAGUUACAUUUGUUUGCUUUGUUUAAUUGUUAAGAAGAGUUACUGAAAUGUAAUGGUUAAUGAAAUCUGACAGAGUAUGUGAGGAUCCUCCUUGACAGGAAGUGACUACUUGGUGACCUCUUUGGCCGGCUGAGAUCCCAUUAGGUUUUCUUUCUCCAUGAGAGUGUAUGUGAACUGCUUUAAAAUCCCAAAUGUCUUUUUGCCCACUUUUUAAAUUUAAAUGUAAAUUUUAAACUGAAAUAAUUUGGUAAAUUAACAGGGCAGGGCUAAGAAAAAUAGUUUCCCAAUGAUCAGUGUCCUUUUUUGAUUGAGAUUUAGAUUAUUGUCCUUCGUUAAAUCAAAGUCUUAUAAUAGGGACAGUAUUUACCGCGUGUGUUGAGUUAGUGGUGACUGUAUGCCAUGAGGGUUGGGAUCCAUCAGAUGUUUGGAAUAGAUUUGCGAUCCAACACUGCCACCACCUUGUGCUUUUACCAGAUAUUGUUCUUAGGGUUAUCUGAGCUGUGUUGUAUGAUUUUACUGGGUGGUACAAUAGUGUUAACAGUUGCUGAAGGUAGAUUUGAUUUAAUUGUCACACAGAGAUAAUCUUGUAUUAUUUGAAAACAGUCGAUGUGAAUUUUAAAUCAGUGUAUUUUGUUGUUUUCCACACAUCUCGUGUUUUGUGGUUCUACAGAUAUCCAGCUCCUUUAUACUGCAGACUCAUGUUAUUGAAAGCAAAUUUAGGUUUUAAAAAAGUGCCUGAUUUGUUUACUAUCAUACUGGAUAGCCAACAGAGUUUUCAUUUUUUUCCUUCCGACUCUAUUCAAAAAAUAUUGUCAGCAUGUUAUCUGUAUUAAUUGUCAACUACAGUUUGUUUCAUAGGUAUAUCCGGAUACCCUUAGCAGUGUAAUUAAGAGUUUAUUUAACUGAACUGUCCCAAAAUUGCAAUUUUAAUUAAAGAAAGAUGCAAUAUUUGACUUUGUCCUACUGACCACAUGAAAGAAUUGCUUUCUUUUUACCCUCUGUAUUGAUUUAAGAGCAGAAGAUGCUCAUUCACUGAACUGGAUUAAAGUUUCCGAAUCAGUCAAGUCUUGGUGCUUUAGCUUUAAAAACACAGUUUGCACCAUUAAUGAGAUGUGAAGUUUCAAAUAGCCUUUUGAUGAACUGUUCCACUGUCCUUCCACUGAGUGGGUAAUGCCUUAUGAUGGUAUUGAAUAAAUAAACAUGUUGAAAUUAUUUACAUAGUCCUUAAUGUAAACUGACAUCCUUUGAUAGGCAUACAAUUGCUGAAUUGUGUACUUAUUGCUCAUACAUGCAUUGCUUUAUUCAUUAACUUUAUUUGGCAGUGCAGAAUGGACACAGUGAAAGAUAAAUCUUUUCACAAAUUUUCUGUCAAAUUCAUAAUUUAACCGUUCUUGUAAUUCUCUCCCUUUUAGGAAUCGAUUUAGUGAUUGGUUCCACCCCAGUUAAAUUUUUUGCUUACUUUUAUUAUAAUUUAACAACUUCAGGCCCUGUUUCUUUGAAGAGCAUUCAUUGAUGCACUGGAAACGUGUUUGUAUUACCACCCUCAACCUUAUUUAUUUCAUUUUUUUCUGUAGCUUGCUUUUCAUUCCCUGUUUGUGACUGCCAAUGGUGUUUUCUUCUGAUGUUUUCAGUAAAUUGUGUUCUAGUAUGGACAGAGGAGUUGAUAUAUUUGCUCAAAGCUUUGCUGUUCUACCAUACUUUAGUUGGCUAAGCCCUCAGCACAGAGAGAUAUAAAAUGUCAUAGGAACAUUUUUCUAUUAUUCUUUUUCUAUAACUGUGUACGGUUUGAUUUCAUUGGAUGUGCUCAAGUUGUAAACCUUUGGUAUAGGUUGUCCCAAUGGCAGGUCAAGCAAUAAAAUGAUUAAUUCUUGAA